GGGUAUGCGAAAAAGAGCAAAUUUACUGGCGCCGAAGUUAAGUCCUUGCUCGGCAUUAUGCCGGCCCAAUGGAGGAACAUGUUCGAAGCUGUACACGACUACUUUGUCGAGAAUGCGAUUGCCAGCAGAACUAUGGCAACAGACGAAUGCCUGCUUCAACAGCCGGAGGAAGAUUGCACCUUACAAGGGGCCUUGAUCAAAGUCUGUGUGAGCAGUACACUCCAAGAUCUUGCCAAACGUAAGUCUGCUGAGGAUAGAGAGAAGUUCUCUGAGGCACUCAAAGAGAAGGAGCGUGCGGCGAAGUCAGCGAAGGCGAAAGCAGCGAAGAAGAAGGAGACCAAGGGGAAGGCGACCGACACAAAAGGCAAGGGCAAGCAGCGCAAGACGGCACCAACUCGCAGUUCCACAAAGAGGAGCAAGCAGGCCCAGGCGCCUCUGCCCGACGACGAGGACGAGGUCUACCCUGACAUUGACGAAUUUGCCUCGUCGGAAGACGAAGCGGAGAAGCCGAGGGACAAGGCAGACGUCGGAGAUGAGAGGGACGAUGAAGAGACAUCCGAGGAAGCCGACGAGCUCUUCUCGGCGAAGACCCGGAAGGUCGAAAGGGCACCAUAUCUUACUGAUCGGCCUAUCGGCAUUUCACAUUGUUUCCCCUCCAAAUACCGCUUUGAGCGACUCGGAGGGGCGAAAACCUUUGGUGGGCAUCCCUACCUGACGUUUAGUUCACUUCCCGGUCCGUAUCUAUCGGAGGUCGUGAGGAUGGUCAGGGGGGUACAACUAGACCCUGAAACCCGCGGCGGUGCUUCUGACUUGCCACACCCCGCGAUACGCCAUUUGGUCGGGUCUCUUGUCCUCGACGAGGAGUUUUCCAAGACCGCGUCGGGUCAAUAUCGUGUUUACCGGCCGUUAACUGAACAGGUCAUCUUCCUACAGUCGGACAAAGAUGUCAGAGUAUGGCUCAAUGCUUGUAAAGUUGCACC